UCUUGUCUUACCCUUGUCCUCGACGGUCGUUCCCAAGUCGUUCCUCAACCUGUUCGAAUCCGACCAUGGACUUCAAAUUUGGUGGAAAAUACAUCCUGGAGCAGGAAAUCGCGAACGGUGGAUGCGGGACUGUCUUCUUGGGGACACAUCACAUCGCCAACAAGCAGGUCGCAAUCAAGCUAGAGCCGGUUCAAAUAUGUCCGCAAGCUAAAUCAUCAUUUAAUCAAUCUUUGAAACGUUCCAAGUCACAACCAGAUUUGAAGCGGCACAGGCAGCGUCCUCAUCCUCUCCACCCUAAUGGCUAUCCCGGCCCUUCGCCUCUCACCACAGAAUCACAAAUCUACAAACGUCUCAUGGGUGGCCCAGGUGUUCCGUUUCUCAUGUAUUCAGGAAAACAGGGACCUUACAACGUCAUGGUCAUCGACUUGAUGGGUCCCAGUCUAGAAGACCUUUUCAAGAUGUGCAACCGAAACUUCUCGCUGAAAACCGUUCUACUACUCGCUGAUCAAUGUCUGUCGCGGAUCAAGUACAUUCAUUCACAUUCUCUCUUGCACCGCGACAUCAAACCUGCCAACUUUGUCAUGGGUCGUGAAUCCUCAGUACCCAUUCCUGAUUCCCUUCCUUCAGAGUCGACAGUCAACAUCAUUGACUUCGGCCUCGCAAAGAAAUACCGCGAUCCCGUGACUGGGGACCAUACUCCCUAUCAUCAGAACGAGCACGGUCUGCACGGUGUGGGAACAAGCUUGUUUGCAAGUCUGAAUACACAUCUAGGCAUAGAAUCUUCACGACGAGAUGAUCUUGAAUCCCUUGCUUACAUGUUCAUUUAUUUCCUACGCGGCACGUUACCCUGGCGGAAAUUGAGGGGACCAACUCAUCCUCCCCCAGGAAUUGAUCCUGCGACUUACAAUCCAACCACUUACACCUGGAAUCUCAUAAGAGAUUCUAAACUUGCUAUAGAAGCGGAAGACAGCUUAUGCAAGGGACUUCCAGAAGAAUUCACCGUGUUCUACAAGUACACCCGCAGCCUAUCGUUCACGGACCUUCCUGACUAUGACGGCCUUCGUGCUCUCUUCCGUGGACUGGCUGAGCGUGCCGGCAUAGAAUAUGACGGCGUGUUCGAUUGGACCCUAUCAGAUCCUUCUGAAACGUCGCAUCGUUCCCAUAAGCAUAGUUCAAGGAGAAGUAGCCCCUCAGAGUCCCAUGCACCGGUGGGCGGUGGCCGUUUCUGCGAGGCUUGUAAUAAAAGGGCAGCAGAGAAGGAGAUGAUCGAACAAGUUGGAAGCUUGAAGAGGAGGCGAUAGCUGCCGUUCGAUAAGGGGGCGAUGAGAGAGAGAGUUAUGUGUAUGAGUUAUGUAUUUGGGCCGUCGCGAUUUGCUAUCUUCUUCCAGCCAUGCCGGCGGUAGUCGUCUCAGGGUGAGUCCCCGACAGACCUUCUAUUCUUCUGUUCCAUGUUCUGAACAGUUAAAUGAUUCA